AUGAGUCCCAACGAAGAAGAAAACAGCAAGCCUGUUAAUCGAAGACACUCUUCGAUUGUCCCAGCCAAAAGAAAGGCCUCAGUUAGAAGAAGACACACGUUGGCUCCAGCUCCAAGAGGAAUUCUAAAGCAAAACAGCAUCAUUUCCAACAACACAACUAGUUUUAAAAGAAUAGCUAUAGAUAAUGCCAAAACAAACAACCAGCUUGAGGAUAGAGAAAACCACACGAUAGCUGUGAUGCAGAUUCCCUUAAAUGAUCGGGCACAAAAUAUUCUUAAUCCAGACCAGGAGGCUGAUGACAAUCAAAAUAGUCAAGAUGACGAUUUAAAAGAAAGAAUAAAAAGAAGGGUUAGUUUUGCACCAGAGGUGACUCUUCAUAAGUUUGAUUUUAUUCCUUUGAAAUCAGACCUAACUUCAAGUAGCAACAAUAAUGAUGAUACCAUUGCUAGAAAAGAAAACCAGCUAGUUACUAGUAACAGCCAAAACACCGACAAUAAUAACAAUGCUUACAAUAGUAAUGAAGUUCUUGAUACCUCAACUACCAUUCAAAAUAUUUUCACUAAUCUUACAAAUAAAAUGAAUUCUAAGGGUGUUUCGUCUCAAAAACAAGUAGAAAAACCAAUAGAAACACAAACUUCAGUUUCCAAUAAACUACCGCAGCUCAAUUUACCCAAAAAUGAUAAUCAUUCAUCAAAUAAAACAGAUGAUCAAACAGAUAAUUAUAGCAUUACAGACGCUGAAGUAACUGAUUUGGUUUCCUCAAUUCUUAAAAAUAGUCAAGAAAAUGAAAAUAACGAUAAAAGUACCAAAUAUGCUAACAAUAAAGACAAUAAAAAUAAAACAAAUGACAUUGAUGAACACUUGACUAGAAAAAAUUUAACAAUGGAAAUUAUUGAUUUAGUUAAUAAAAUUAAAUCUCAAGAGUUGAGAAAAAGUUUAUCAAACAUUGACGAUGAUAACUCAAUUGAAUUUAUUAAUAAUAAUAACUUUGAAAAUGAGAUUUCAAUGGAAUACACAAAUACUAAAACAGACUAUAAUAAUAUUACUACCGACAGCACUCUUAAUAAUUUUAAUGAAAACAAAAAAGAUGAUCAAAUUACCAACAAUACUCAUCAAGAAGAUGAAAACGAAACUGGUAUUGUUACUAUGGAUUUAACAAACUAUGUCAUUAAUACUAAAAAUUUCACAGAAUAUCAACCUCUUAAUAAAUCUAAUAAUUUUAAAACAAAAAAUUCAAGCAUCAAAGAUCAAGACAAUAAAGAUCAAGAAGAUAAUGAUCAAUUAACAAUGGAAAUAACAAAUCAUAACUCAAACAGAAUAUUUGAUCAAUCAGUUUACGAUUUAAUCAAUGAAAAUGAUCAAAUGAGUAUGGAUAUAACAGCGGCAUUAUCCAAAAUAAAAGAAAUAGAUUCCGACUUUAAUGAUUCGUUUAAUCAAGAACAAACAAUGGAAUUUACAAAAAUAACUCAAAAUGAAAGCAAUAAAAUCAGCUCCAAACAACAAUUGAUAGACAAAAACAAUGAGCCAACAACAGAUAUUACUGAAAAAGAAAACCAAGUAGAUCUCGAUAAUGAUAACCAGGAAAUUACAAUGGAUAUAACGAAAAAUAUUUCCAAUAUCAAAGCUAUCAAUACUUUUGAUCAAGUUGAAGAUUUAGAUGAUUUUGAUGAAAAAACAAUGGACAUCACCAAAGACGUUUCAAAUAUUAAACUAGUCAAUCCUAUAAAUCAAUCUAAAUCUGUUUUUGAAGAAACAGAAAAUUUUGGAGAAAAAACAAUGGAGAUAACACAAAAUCAAGCAAAAAUAACGUUUAAUAAUUCUCAAAAUAGAAAAAGUGAUAUAGAGUUACGCAAUAAUGAAAACGAAGAAAAUUUCAGUGCUAAUGACCCUGAUAUUAGCGUUGAUCUUUAUGAGGAUGCUCAUGAAAAUCUCGAAGAAAAAACCAUGGAAAUAACGAAGAUUUUUACCAAAAUUGAGAAUGUAAAAGAUAACAAUAUAAUAUCAACCAAGGAUUUAGAAAAUUCAAUAAUAUAUAGUCGAAGAGCUAGCCAAAAUUAUCUUGAUAAUAUAAAUGUCGAUGAAAUAGAAAUAGAACAAGAAAUAACUAAUUUUUCUCAACAUGAAAUGGAAAUUCAAAAUAAAGAAGAUAAUGUAAGAAAUGAGAAAAAUAUAAGUGAUUCAGAAAUAGAAGAUAUAAGGUUGCGCUCUCCAGAAGAAAUGAAGAUAGAUAUUUCUCAGAAAACGGGAAAUGAACCAAUUCUGAAUAUCAAGUUGUCAAAAAAUAUUAUAGAACAGAGUUUUUCUAAAGUGUUUUCUCCUACACAAAAAAGAAGAAAGUUAUCAACAGUAAUUCCUGAUAAAAUAAACCCCACUAAUGAACAGACAAAUCAACAAAUUAUUAAUAAAAUAAAAGAAUCUCAUCUUUUAUUGCCAGAAGCCAAUUUAGGUGUUGGAGCAUCAGAAAUCCCUCCAGAAAUUAACGAGUUACUACAAACACCAUUGAAAAGGCCUCGAAAAAUCUCUAUUGAAACAAUAUAUCAUGAAAUUUCUCGAAGUUCACCAGUCAGAUCACCACAUAGACUGCCAAUUUUACCACCAAGCACGAUAUCAAAUACAUCACCAUAUAUAGGUCAGACACGCAAAAGAAGAUCUUCUGGUUUUCUAGAAGAAUCAAAUCAGUAUCAGAAAGAGUUAGAAAAAAGCAUUGAAGCCAUAGAACAGGGUGAAAUUUAUUUUAACAAAUCUUCUUCUUUUAUGAAUGAAAAUGAGGGAUUUCAAAAUAAUGAAAAAGUCGAGGGGGAAGUCAAUGAAAAAAUCGAUGAAAAUAUAAAUUUUUCCAUUAAUGAAAGAACUAAACAAAUUGAAAUUGAAAAUGAAAUUGAAAAUGAAAAUGAAAAUGAAAAUGAAAAUGAAAAUGAAAAUGAAAAUGAUUUAAUUAAAGAUAAUCUGAGAAAUCAGGGAUUUAGUCAAAAUUUUAAUGAAGUUGAAUCUAAUUUUUUAGAUCCCAUUCAUGAAGAUACAGAACCAGUUACUGCAAUCACAAGCAAUUUUAUAGAAGAAAGUUAUAAGCCUGUAUCAAUUGAUACGUUUCUUGAUACAAUCGGUAUUAAGUUUUUUGACAAUUUGAGUAUAACAUCGAAGAACAUUAUUUUAGAGGGAGAUUUUAAAAAUAAAGAGCCAUCGUUGUUGGAUUAUUCUGAAGCAUUAGAAAAACUACCUAUGAUAGAACUUUAUCAGUUUGGUUGCAAAGAAUUAAAAAAAUAUAUCAGAGAAGGUUGCAUUGAUUAUAAAAAUCUUUCUGAGGAGGUUCUUGAAGAUAAUCCGCAGGUAAUCAAAGAGUUUUUCAUGUCAAACUCAAGCAUCAAAGAAAAGCUUCAAGAACAAUUUCAACUUGCAAAGAAUUAUUCUAAUACACAAGCCAAAGGGGUUUGGUAUGAAUGGAAAAGUCAAUUAAUUGAGGGAUUAUUAAAAUUGUUGGAGGAACAUUUAGAGGUAUUGGUUGAGGAUGAAAGCUUUUUGAUUGAAAGAUUGCAACAAGUGAAAAAGAUAAAUUUAGAUUUAUCCGAUAGAGCUAAAGAGCUAAAUAAAGAAUUGAACCUUUUGUUAUUCAAAAAUAAGAUAAUUGAAGAUAAUGAUAAAGAUGAAAACUUUUUAUUAAGAAAUGAAUUAAUUGAAAUUACAGAUAAAAUUUUAAGUAAUCAAAAAAACAUUGAGAGUGGUGAGAAUAAAAUUCGGGCGAUUAGAAACGAAAUAGAUGAAAAAAGGAUUGUAAUUCAGGAUUUGGAAGAAGAAAUUAGAGAGAAGGAAGAGAUUUUGUUGAAACAAAAAAGUGUUGAAACCGAGGAAAUUUUUCUGAAAAAGAAACGGAUUGGAGAGUUGGUAGAGAAACAUGGGUUUAAGAUAGAUAAAAUCGAUGAGAGAAAUAAAGAAAUUAGUAUUUCCAUAUUAUCAGAGAUAUUGAGAGAAGAGAAUGCAAUUGGAGUUAACGAAAACGAUUUAAAAAGUGAUAAGAACAUUCGGAUUACAUUUAAUUUUGAAAACAAGCAAGAUAUUAGUAAACUCAAAAUCAAUUUUCAAAAUUUCAAGUUGAAAUACGAAAGUGAAUUUAAACAUGGUUUAGAAGACAAUGAGCCACUACUAGAAUUUUUCAAGCAUAACUAUAAGAGUCUUGAUGUUUUGAAAAGCAGUGGGAACUGCAUUGAAUAUCUUAACAACUUCAUUGAGAUCAGCAAGCAGUUGAUUGCCUUGGACAAGGAAUUGUUUCUACUAAGUUUGAAAUCACCAAUUGCAGUUUCCUAUAAUGCUCCAGGCAAGGUUUUGAAAAUCAGCUUGAAGAACCUUCGAGGCCAAAAACUACGGUUAAAACUAGAUUUCAGUGUGCACAUCAAGAUAUUGGAAUAUUUACUAAAUGGUAAAGCAGAGCUCAACGAGGAUUUGAUCAGUGCCAUUUCUGCUGCAGUAAGAUUCAAGAAGAAAGAUGCUGUUGUAAGUGGAUCCACAGUUUCCAGCGAGUUGCUGGAGAAAUACGGCACUUUCUCCGUUUUGGUGAGCUGCUUGCAAGAAAUGCAGCACAAAAUAGCGAUUUGCUAGCAGCAGAAACAGCAGAAACAGCAAAGCCCAGCCCAACGGACUAUGCACACCGCUGCCGACGGACGCGUUUCAAACACCGAACACGGUUUCCGUUGGACACGUGAUUAAAGAAAAUUUUCAAGAA